AGACAUGGCGAUGGGUAGGGUCAGAAGCCCCUCUUGUACGCUGUCUGGCCCGUAGCUCUCGCCUAGUACGAGCUUCCUCGACCUGCUCUUGGGCCGUUAGCGGGUCUGGGUGCUCAAGGUCGAUGACAUCCACCAUCCCGGUCAUUGCAUUUAUAUCAUCGGCCACGGCUGGAGCUGGUGCGGUUGGUUGCGCAGUUGUCCCAGACUCGGGCUCUAGCAGGGGGGUUGGCGGGGCAGUGGGCGGCUGCUCUGGUUGGGCUUUGGCCGUUGGACUGGCAGGUGCUAAGGGCUCCCGGCUCGACCUAGCUUCCGAGGCUUCAGGACUCGGGGUAGGAACAUUCCUGGCGAAUGUUGGGCGGGCUUGAGUUGCGGACCGUUGUGUCCUGCGUGUGCCAGAGGGCCCAGCAGCCGCGUCGCCCCCUGUAUUCUGUCGAGCCCUA